AUGCCGUUCGCCGGAAUGACCGUCCCCAGUUCCAUCCUCCUCCUCGUCCUCCUUCUCGGAGCGUCUCCGCCGUGCCACGUCGACGGAGCGCCUGCCCACAGCAUCACGGCCAUCCUCGCCGGCAUCCCGGAUUUCACCGACUUCAGCGCCGCCCUGGUCGCCGCGAACCUCACGGGCAACAUCGACGAACGCCAGACCAUCACCGUCCUGGCCGUCGACAACGCGGCAAUGGGGCGGCUGAGAGCGCGGCAACUCAAGCCGGACAACGUCCGGUACGUGCUCUCCCUCCACGUCCUCCUCGACUACUUCGGCGACGCCAAGCUCAAGGCCCUCAACGGCACGCCACCCACGCAAGAAGCCAGCCUCUUCCAGGCCUCCGGCGCCGCGCCGGGCGCAGCCGGCAUAGUGAACAUCGCGCCGGUUGCUGCAGCCGGGGACGUGCGCCGCGGGGUGGCGUUCUCCGCGGCGGACGCGGGUGGUCGCGUCGUGUUCUACGAGAAGUCGGUCAAGGAGUCGCCCUACGACAUCGCCGUCCUACAGGUGAGCGGCGCCAUGGAGUCCCCGGCGGCGGAGGGGAAGGCGCCCGCGUCGUCGCCGACGCCUUCGCCUUCGCCCGCGCCGGUGGCGGCGCCGGUCGUAGCUCCGUCCCCAAAGAAUCAGACCGCUCCACCGCCAAAGCCGGCCGUAGCUCCAUCACCAAAGAAUCAAACCGCGCCACCGCCAAAGCCGACAGGAGCUCCGUCGUCGCCAAAGAACCAAACCGCCCCGCCGCCAAAGACGGCCGGCGAGCCCACGGAUUCUCCAACAACGCCGGCGGGUGCGCCGGAAGACGACGACCAGCCUCCUGCGGAUGAGAACGAAGGGCACAAGAAUGACGCCGGCGGGACGGCGGCUCCGUGGAGCGUCGGCGCGGUGCUUGUGGCGGCCAUGCCGGCGGUUGUGUUCCUGCUGUGGUGA